AUGAAGAUGCUCUGGCUGACUCUGCUGGCCCUGCUGAUGCCCACACACAUCUUUGUGGGGGCUUCACCUCUCCGCGCCCCCAUACCCGCACCGCAGCCCACCGCUGGACCCUCUGAAUCAGACCAGGAGUUUGCACAGUUGUUUUUUAUCCUAUUCUGUUUCCACCUGAUUGACAUGAGGGGCGCUUUGCAGGAAUACCUGCAGCACUUCUAUGGCUACCGUUCCGAGGCAGGAAGACACAGGAGGUCUGCGGCUUCUGGGGAAGAGCUGGACUUCACGAAUGGGCUGUGCGAUGCAGUCAAGAAGAUGCAGAGCUUCUUCGGCCUGCCUCCAAGCGGGGAGCUCUCCCAGGAGACUCUUGUGGUUAUGAAAAAGCCGCGCUGCGGUUUGUCUGAUGUGGAGCACUUUGGGGAAACAGUUCGCUGGAAGGGGAGAACGCUCAGCUACAGGUUGGAAGGCAAUAAGAAUGACGGGAAUGGGAGGAUGGUUAUGUGCUGCAGACGGUCUGGGUGA